AUGAACUACCUGCGGCGCCGCUUGUCGGACAGCAACUUCAUGGCCAAUCUGCCGAAUGGGUACAUGACAGACCUGCAGCGCCCGCAGCCUCCUCCGCCACCUCCCUCGGCCGCCAGCCCUGGGGCCACGCCCGGUUCCAUGACCGCCACUGCCGAGAGGACCUCCACGGCCGCACCAGUGGCCUCUCCAGCAGCCCCUAGUCCCGGGUCCUCGGGGGGCGGUGGCUUCUUCUCGUCACUGUCCAACGCGGUCAAACAGACCACAGCAGCUGCAGCCGCCACCUUCAGCGAGCAGGUGGGCGGCGGCUCUGGGGGCGCAGGCCGCGGGGGUGCCGCCGCUAGGGUGCUGCUAGUCAUCGACGAGCCGCACACCGACUGGGCAAAAUACUUCAAAGGGAAGAAGAUCCAUGGAGAAAUUGACAUUAAAGUAGAGCAAGCUGAAUUCUCUGAUCUCAAUCUUGUGGCUCAUGCCAAUGGUGGAUUCUCUGUGGACAUGGAAGUUCUUCGGAAUGGGGUUAAAGUUGUGAGGUCUCUGAAGCCAGAUUUUGUGCUGAUCCGCCAGCAUGCCUUCAGCAUGGCACGCAAUGGAGACUACCGCAGUUUGGUCAUUGGGCUGCAGUAUGCUGGAAUCCCCAGUGUUAACUCUUUGCAUUCUGUCUACAACUUCUGUGACAAACCCUGGGUGUUUGCCCAAAUGGUUCGACUACACAAGAAGCUUGGAACAGAGGAAUUCCCUUUGAUUGAUCAGACUUUCUACCCCAAUCACAAAGAGAUGCUCAGCAGCACAACAUACCCCGUGGUCGUGAAGAUGGGUCACGCACACUCUGGGAUGGGCAAGGUCAAGGUAGACAACCAACAUGACUUCCAGGACAUUGCAAGUGUUGUGGCACUGACUAAGACGUAUGCCACUGCUGAGCCCUUCAUUGAUGCCAAAUAUGAUGUGCGUGUCCAGAAAAUUGGGCAGAACUACAAGGCCUACAUGAGGACAUCAGUGUCAGGGAACUGGAAGACCAACACAGGCUCAGCCAUGCUUGAGCAAAUUGCCAUGUCUGACAGGUACAAGUUGUGGGUAGACACAUGCUCAGAGAUUUUUGGGGGACUUGACAUCUGCGCAGUGGAAGCGCUGCAUGGCAAAGAUGGAAGGGACCACAUUAUUGAGGUGGUGGGCUCCUCGAUGCCACUCAUUGGUGAUCAUCAGGAUGAAGACAAACAGCUCAUCGUGGAACUUGUGGUCAACAAGAUGGCUCAGGCUCUGCCUCGGCAGCGGCAGCGGGAUGCCUCCCCUGGCAGGGGCUCGCACAGCCAGGCUCCAUCCCCAGGAGCCCUACCCUUGGGCCGCCAGACCUCCCAGCAGCCUGCAGGACCUCCUGCUCAGCAACGACCCCCACCCCAGGGGGGCCCUCCACAGCCAGGCCCAGGACCUCAGCGCCAGGGACCUCCACUGCAGCAGCGUCCACCCCCACAGGGCCAGCAGCAUCUUUCUGGGCUUGGACCGCCAGCUGGCAGCCCUCUGCCCCAGCGCCUACCAAGUCCCACAGCCGCAUCUCAGCAGUCCCUGUCUCAGGCCACACCGAUGACCCAGGGUCAAGGCCGCCAGUCCCGGCCAGUGGCAGGAGGCCCUGGGGCACCUCCAGCCACCCGCCCGCCUGCCUCUCCAUCUCCACAGCGUCAGGCAGGGCCCCCACAGGCUACCCGUCAGGCAUCUGUCUCUGCUCCAGCUCCACCGAAGGGUUCAGGAGCCCCACCCGGAGGGCAGCAGCGCCAGGGCCCUCCCCAGAAACCCCCAGGCCCUGCUGGUCCUACUCGUCAGGCCAGCCAGGCAGGUCCCGGACCUCGCACCGGGCCACCCACCACGCAGCAGCCCCGGUCCAGCGGCCCAGGUCCUGCUGGACGUCCCACCAAGCCACAGCUGGCCCAGAAACCCAGCCAGGAUGUGCCGCCACCCAUUACUGCUGCUGGUGGAGGACCCCCGCACCCCCAGCUCAACAAAUCCCAGUCUCUGACCAAUGCCUUCAACCUUCCAGAGCCAGCCCCGCCCAGGCCCAGCCUUAGCCAGGAUGAGGUGAAAGCUGAGACCAUCCGCAGCCUGAGGAAGUCUUUCGCCAGCCUCUUCUCCGACUGA